CGUAAAAUGAUUGCAACAACGUUGCCAGUUGAGUUCUCAGCUGAACGUCAGUCUCUACAAUGUUUCUCUUUCCAGGGCGAUUGGUGUGUUGUAUACUUUAUGUUGAAUUAAUUCCAAUCGAGGUAGCUGUCCCAAGUCGGUAGCUACCUUUGGGGAUCCUUAAAAGUUAUUAAUAUCUAGCUAUAGCAUCGAAAUGGCAUCAUUCAACGGAGAGGGAGGAAACCAUGUCCUAGUGGAAGUGAGCCCAGAUAUUCACAUCUGUGGCUUCUGUAAGCAGCAGUACAAUAACUUUGAAGUCUUUCUGGCCCACAAGCAAAAUGGAUGCCACAUACCUUCCAAUGACAUGUCAACAUCUAACUCCGCACCAACAAUUACAGAUUCCGGCACAGAGUUUCUUUUUGAAGAAACCUACCAGACUUGCGUUAUGAGGGGGGUCAAAAAGAUCCUGACCAAAGCCCAGAAAACACCUUCCAAAAAAUUAAAACCCGCCUUGACUUCCAAGAGACGCAUCUGUUGCUUUUCAGGUUGCUCUUUCAAGACACAGUACGGUCAAAAAGACAUGGAGCGCCAUCUUAAAACGCACACUGGGGAGAAGCCAUUCGAAUGUGAGCUGUGUCGCAAGCGGUUCAGUCGGCGGGACAAGCUGAACAUGCACCUCCGCUCCCACACGGGCGAGAAGCCUCACAAGUGCAAGUACUGCCCGUACGCCGCGGCCGACAGCAGCAGUUUGAAGAAACACCUCAGGAUCCACUACGAUGAGAGGCCCUUCAAGUGCCAGAUCUGCCCCUACGCCAGCCGCAACUCCAGCCAGCUCACUGUGCACCUCCGCUCGCACACCGGAGAUGCGCCUUUUCAGUGCGGUCAGUGUGAAGCAAAGUUCAAGAUCAACUCCGACCUGAAGAGGCAUGUCCGCAUCCACUCUGGAGAGAAGCCUUACAAGUGUGACUUCUGUGAUUACCGCUGCGCCAUGAAGGGCAACCUGAAGUCCCACGUCCAGAUUAAACACAGCACGGCCAACUCCUUCCGCUGCUCCCACUGUGACUUCCAGUGUGCCAACAAGGCCGCCCUCAGGCAGCACUCCCGAGAGCACCAGCCCACUCAGCCCAUCCGGUGCCUGAAUUGCACCUACUCCUGCUCCAGCAAGGGGGCGCUCAAGGUGCACGAGAGGAUCCACUCGGAGGAGCGACCCUUCAAAUGUGACUCCUGCAGUUUCGCCAGCAAGCAGCGCAGCAACCUGGUCAUCCACAGGAAGAAGUGCCACGAAGACAAGCCCGAGAAGGGGACGGGUGUCCGCGGGAAAGCGGGCAAAGUCGGCGCUUGCAAGAGGGAGGACUCUCCAAAGCCCGCCAGCUCCCGGUACCGGGCCAAGCUGGACGCUACGCGGGCCUUCCGCUGUGACCUGUGCGAGGCAUCGUUUGUGAGGGAGGACUCUCUGCGCAGCCACAGGAAACAGCACCGGGACUCUGACUCCCAGCAUACCCUUUCCUUGACGCUCCACCCUGUCUCCUCCCAGCCCGGUAGUGUAAACGUCAGCCCCCUUCCCGGGGAGGACAGCCACACCACCCAGCUCCCCCUUCAGCAGGUCCCGCAGGCCUCCGACUCCCCUGCCACCUAUAGCAGUGCCCAGCUGAAGAUCAUAGUAUCCCACCCUCUAGGUCAAGAGAGCUCCAUCCUUCCCCUGCCCACCGGCGCGGACGUCGGGCAGCGGCAGGAGCAUCGAUGUAAGGGCCCCUCCGCUGUCUUCCUGAGCCCAGAGAGCCAGGAGAUGGUGGUCAACUCCAUGAUUCAGCAGGUCAACCUGAGCCUGGCGCCUCUGCAGCACCUCGGCUCUCAGGUUGAGGCGGAGGAGCCCCAGGCGGUCCUGCUGACGGGCGACGGCGGCGGCCCCCUCCACCAGGCCCUGCUUCAGACCGCCCCCCAGGGCUCCCCGGCCCACGGCGGCGGCGGCAGCGGCGGCACGCAGACCUUCAUCACCACCUGCUCAGACCUGGAGGGCCUCAGCGCUCUCAUCCAGGAGGGCGGCACUGAAGUCACCGUGGUGACGGAGGGAGGGAAUCACGGCAACCUGGUGGCGACGGCCACCUCCAUGUUCCCGCCCCCGGACAUGCUCUGCGGCGACGGCGGUCCCUCUGAAGACUUGGCCAAGCGGGCACAAGUGACAAUGGUGCACAGGGUGGAGGGCAGUAGCGCUAGCGCCUGUGAGGACAGCACUCUGAUGGUCCCCAGCAUCAGUCUAGGCGGUCAGGGAGUGGUCAUACAUAGCUUGCCUCUGGCGGUGGCUGCCCACAACCAGCCUGUAUUGGAGCAACUGUCAGUGUCCACACAGAACCUCUAUUCGGUGUCAGACGCACACACUAUGGACGGCCUCCAAGACUGACUAGACCACCGCCACACUGGACCAGUACUGUGUGUGCAACACUGCAAACAGAUAUUUAUAACAACCCAAAUGUUGUCGUGUGCAAGUUCCAUUGAGUGAUGGGCUCUCGGCUCAUGUCAAGGCUAUGUUACGUUUAGAUUGAUUUAGUUUUUAACCGAGUUGAGAGAGAAGUGGUUAGUACUAGCCAGUCAAAAUCCGACUGUAGUCAUUUUUGGCACGUUUUUCUGUAUCAUACUUUAUCUUUUUUUUUUUUCUUCUCAGAUGAACAUACAGAAUAUACAUUGCUUACAUUUUAUUGAUAAAGGCCAUUUCAGAAAAAUCUUAACUAUCUGCUGUGUUUCUCUGCUACUUUCUUGUUAUUAAUGAGGUAAUUAAUGAGGUAUUAUUUUGGCUUCAUGGUUUGUUGGCUAUUAAUAGUUACUAAAACAAACCACUUUCAGGCCAUGUUAGAAAUUGAUCAUAUCAAACUCUAACUGAAUAACUUAGUCUAACAUGAACAGAAAAUGGCUUGCAAUCAACAUGAUAUUUCUGUCAAUAGACUUUCCUUAUUUGUCCACAAUGUGGCAGUAGAGAUAAACCUUACAGAAUUGCCACUUCGUGGCUUCAUGGGUUGUUUUAUGUUUCACUAAGGGAAACCAAUUUUGUUUUUCUCCCAUUAAUAGCAUAUUUUGACAGAUAACAUAAUACAUGAUUCCAGAUCUGUUUCAGAGCUGGCCUGAUUUCUCAAGUGAGCUAUUGGUGUGGAAAAUAAAGAGACCCAUUACCAUGUUAUAAAAACAGCCAAAUAGGAAUGCUAAAAAUGCCAAUUUGGUUUGAUACAACCCAGUGUAUACUCACAGGAUAUAGAUGUUUCUCCUAUGUGCUUCAGUGUCUGAAUGAGACCGCUUCCUCAUCUAGCUUUAGGUCAAUUUGACCAUAAAACACAUGGUAUGGCAAGGUAUUCAAAGCAGCGAUUACUAAGUACUCUAUAGAAAUGUGAUCAUAUGCAUCGUUUGCUUUUUCCUUUAUAUUCAUCCUGGAGCCACUUUGACAUACAGCCUUCUGGUCUUUAUUGUUGACAGAGUAGUGAAAGCUGCAAUUAAAAUGGUUUUCUUCCCAAACGACACUU